AAUUUAAGAUCAAAUAAUUACCGCUGCAGUUGGACGAGCGGAAUGUGGACUGUCGCAUAACCUUAUGUUUUUUGAUGACAACUCGGAACACUCGAUUCUACGUAUCCAUCUGUCACUUUCAAAUGGAACCUACAAAACCACUGACUCAGAGGUAUUAGAACUUUGAGUUUGAGGGAUGAAUGUGUACAUACCACGAUAUUCGUGUAAUUUAUUUUUUAAUCGGAUAUAUAAUCACUAGUGUGAUAAAAUGUGGGCCGUUUUCGAGCAUGGAAGUAUUAUAUGACCUCGAAAGAAAAUAAUAACAUUCUCAAUACUACGUAAUGGAAAACGAAGACGAUGUUUUACCUCUGCUGCAAUCCUCACCUGAAACGUCAACAUCGGUCAAUCACCCAGAUGUCAAGCUGCAGGUUAAGGGAACUCUGAGUAUAAGAAAAAAAAAUUGCAACUGGGAGAGCAAUGAGACUACGGAGAAUAGAGAACAUUGUGAUUCAAAGAAUCACUCACCUACUUUGGACGCUAACAAAGUUUGGAGUGAUAUUAAUUCUGUACCCAGGAUACCUCAUAUUGAGAAUUUAGAUUCAUCAGGUAAAUCAAACGGUGUAAAACCUAUUACUUUUACUCAUAACUCAUCCAAGGAUGAUGAUUCACUUGACGAUGAUGUAGACUCACUCAUUGGGAGAGAACGGAUGAAGAUCAAAGUUAUUCAAGGAUGCAUAUCAAAGCCUGAACUCACCUUUGGUGAAUUAAAGUUACUUGGAUGCAGCAGUGAAGGAUUUGUAAACGAUGACAUGCGAAGGAUUUUGUGGCCAAGACUUCUGGGAUUGAAAAAUGAGGACCUCACACCUGUUGACAGGCUAGAAAAUGUACAUGAACAAAUACCAAAUGACGUUUAUCAACAAAUUUUAAAGGAUGUUGUAAGAAGUGCCAGUCAUUUUCCACCUGGGUCAACGGAAGAGGAAAUAGCUGCAUUUGAAAAUGAAAUGACACAAAUGAUAUGCUGGGUUUUACAUCGGCAUAAAAAAUUGAAUUAUUAUCAAGGCUAUAAUGACGUGGCUGCAACUGUUCUGAUGGUAAUGGGCUUACAGAAUGGCUUGUACGUAUUGGAACAAAUCUCAUUGAAGUUUUUGGAAAGGUUUAUGGAAACUACAAUGGAAAAAGUUCAUCAAGAAUUAUUUUUUAUAUUCGCUUUACUGGAACGUGUUCAUCCAACGUUGUUACAACAUUUAGAAAAUGUAGAGUUAUUCCCGCAUUUCGCCCUUCCCGAAUACACAACUUGGUACGCGCACAAGUACUCUGAGCAUAGAAAAUUACUACAUAGACUUUUCGAUUAUUUUCUUGGAAGCCCAACGCUCAUGCCGUUGUACCUAAGCACUGUAGUCGUAGCUCAUAGAGCUACUGAAAUUUUUAACACCACACCUGACAUGGGACAUACUCACAAAGUACUUUGUACGCUUCCCGAGGAUCUACCAUUUGAAACUUUGCUUGUCGAUGCCAAAAAUCUGUACCGUAAAUAUCCACCGGAAUCCAUAGAAACCGACGUUAGAGAUUACGACAAUAAGAGGCGCCAAAAAGAACAGCAAUGGAAGAAAACCGCUGAGAAAAAUCGUCAGGAACGAGAAAGACGAAAAAGGCUUCAAGUUGCGGUUCCACAUCCACGCUUGCCUUAUCGUGUUGGGAGUUAUAGAACUAUAGCCGUUGUAACUGUAUUAGCAAUAGGUAUUUAUGCCUUUCUAAAAAGCUCAACAGGACUUAACUGAUAACUGCUGUGUUCGGCAAACUUUGAGCAGUGCUAUUCGUUCAUAAUAUGAUACUACUUUCAAAAUCAAGUACCUAAUGUAUGGAGUUUGAGUUUGAGCUACAAGCACUCACUGCAAUCCCGGAGGUAAGAUUUUUGUAGUAAAAUAAUAAUGAGGGAUUAUCAGCCGUCUUAGCAGAAUUUUUCAAUUAAGGAAUUCAAAAACCAAGAUUCGUCUGUACUAAGAAAGGGAAAAUGCGAAUGAACCUGAUUCAAGAAUAUUCCUCACCUCUAUUGGCACGGCUAUAUUACUCUCUUUCAGUCUUUGCACUGCUUAGCGCAAGUACAAUAGAUACUAUAAUGUGAACUUGAAUGGAGAUUUUUUGUUAAAGCAUUCCUGCACUGCCUUACACCGUGUGAUCUGUGGGAAUUACAAUUUACGUACCAAUAAAUUUCAAUACAGUGUGCGCCGUCUAUAGUCAGGUCAGGAGUUACGUUGAGACUCAAAAGAUUUGAAAAAAAUAGCCAAUCACUUCUGAAUGUGAUAUGUCAUGAAACAGUCAUUCAAGAUAGAAUGUGCAAGAAAAGUUUUAGGACAUUAUUAUGAAGAUAUGAUGAAGGAAAUGAGAAAAACCUAACCAAACAGAAAUUCAAUGAAACAAAAAAUUAUUUGCUACAAAGAAACCUAACAUUAGUUUUGCAAGUAUUUGUAACUACUGGAUAUCUCUAAAAACUUUCCAAGUUAGUAUUUGGAACCGCCGGAUUUUGAAAUUGUAUUACCUUAUACAUUAUGAAAAUUGAUACACAGUACGUUUAUCACAAGCCUAGGCAUUUAUUUGAGUGAAAACGAUAAAUUAAAAAAUAUAUACAUACAAUUAAUAUAUAUGUACGGUAGUGCAAUAUCGAAGUCAUGAAUAAAAUAAUAAUUUUUUAAAUAAUCGUAAUCAGA